AUGGAGCCGUGCCUAGUGUGCUAUAUAGAGCACCCCCAGACAGAUUUUAUUUCUUUAUCUUGUGGAUGCCGCUUCUGCAAAGAUGUGGUACGCGGGUGGGUGACAUCUCAGCUCAUGAAAUAUUUCGUUGAAGACUUUUUUAUUUUGUGCCCAAAAGGUGAGCGUGGGCAUUAUAUAAAUGAAAACGACAUCAAGUCUUGUCUUACAGACGAAGAGUAUGCUAAUUACCAAUUUAUUUUGCUUAAAAGAAGCUUAUACUGCUUUUAGUUGAUUUUCUAACAGAAUUUAUUCAUUUAUUUAUAUUAAAAUUAAAAUUAUUUUUCCAAAAUACAAUAAAAGCAAGCAUAAUUCAUGAUGAAGAAUACAAAAUCUGCUCAUCAAAAGAAUGCAACGCAAUUGGCUGGAUCGAUAACUCUAUUUCUUGCACAAAGCCUUUAAUCUGCAAUGUUUGCAAGAACGAAUGAAUCGAUCCUUUUCUACGUCCCUGGCAAUAUCGCUACUACGAAAUUUUCAAAGCUGUCUAUUCAGGGGAGGUCGAGCUAUGAAGCUGCCUAUGAAAAGAACUCUGGACAAAAUUAUGCCCGAUGUGUGGCUUUCCUAUAGAAAAAUCAGGCGGAUGCCCUCAUAUGAUAUGCCAACACUGCACCCAUGAAUUCUGCUGGAACUGUUUGACUGAAUAUGACAGUCACAAUUAUGGAAAAUGCGAAUACAGAUUUGCCUAUAGAGGGAUUUACUAUGCGUGAAUUUUUAUUUUUUUUAUUUUGAAAAUUUUUUAUUCAUCUGAAGUGUAUGGGGAUAUUUUCAGCUAUUUGGUAGACCAGAUGAAAAUUUUUUUUAUUGCAGCUAUAAUAGCUGUAUCAUGUGUAGGGACUUUUACAAUGGCGUGAUAUUUUUAUAGGUCUAAGCAUAAGACCAAAUAUUUAGCUGUGGUUUUGCUACCAUUGGCUAUAUUGUCGGAUUAUAUGGUUUUUUCUUAUCUUUCACAAUUGGAUGAGAUUGAACAAGUGAUGAAGUUAAUUACGAAAUUGUUAACGAGCGCAAUUUCUGUUUAUGGGGGAUGGAAAUUGCUGUAUUAA